UUUAGCUGUCACAGCUCACUAUCAAAGUCUGAAAGUCUUCCUUUUUGAGUUUAUGAUAAGGAAAUUCUGGUCGUGUGGCAGUCUGUUUGCUAAAAUUUAAAUUUAAUCCACCAUGGCAGGAAAACCUGCUUUGAGCAUUUGCAUUUCUAAAGGGUUGUAUGAAUUUGAGCGCUAUUUAAAACACUGCAUUAACAUAUAAUUUAUCAAUAGAUUAAUUUCGGCAUUUCAUACGAAAAUUAAAAUUUUCAGCCUUUCUUGAUGUGGAAGUAAUACUCUUUAUCUUUUAUAUGGCUAGCCUGCUGUUCAUGCUAUUCGUCUCCGUUUGCACCUAACGUAGCCCAUCUACCUGUAGAUGGUAAACGUGGAUGGACUGUACGACCAUGAACACAUUUCUUGCGAUGUGCAAAGUUGACGUUACACGUUGUUGAGUGAGGUUAUGUUUUAAGUUUUAUGUUCUCACAUGUUGAAACUGUUCGUGAAUACUUUCUUUACGGUGUGUUAUUUAAGUGAGACAAUAAUUUAUUACACCAAGUAACUAGUGGUUUAGUAUCAGCUACCAAUGGCUAACGAAGAGGCCCAAUUAGACACCCUCCCAGGGGGCGAAGAACUUCCACCUGCUGUAACUAUUGCUCGAUUUGUAGCAUGUCGGAGUCAAGAAAUUCAAGUGAUGAAAAAUUCGUUAGGCACCCAGUUCGGAACCAAACUAGCAUUUCAAACCUUACCUAAACAUAUGCGAAGACGGGCAAUGUCCCAUAAUGUAAAAAGAUUACCACGACGUUUGCGACAAAUUCAUUUAAACCAAAUGAAAAAAUCUGGAAUGCCUACUAAGCAGAAACGACCAUCUCGAAAAUAUCGAAGGCGACCGCGAAAUUUAACAGAAGAAUACACGAGAAGGUCGAAUAAAAGAUAUAAAUGGCUUUAUACACACAUCUGGCAUGCAAAGAGAUUCCAUAUGACAGAAAAAUGGGGCUAUAAAUUACCUCAUCGACCUUGUGAUAAAGCUUUUAGAGCCUGUUACAGGGCAAUGAGUCAACAUUGUCUUUUACAGGACAUUUCAUAUUUUAAUGGUAUUGAAAUUUCCGGGGAUAGAAAUGUCAUUAUUCAUAAUUUGAAAUACUUGUCCAAGCCAGAUGGAGGAUUGAGUAUUAGUGCCAAAGCAUUUAUUAAUGGUAAUCGUGAAGGAGAGUUGACACUUUAUGAAAUGGGAGACCUACACAAAACAAUUGGAAAUGUAAAAUUUCAGUGGUUUCCAAGCAGUGAAAACACCGCGACAAAGUUAUGGUUGUGGAUUCAUCCAGCAUUUUACGAGAACGUUAAAAGGGCCCUAACACUUUGCUUUAAAGAUUGUCCAAAUAUUUUAUUUGAAGAACUCAGAAUGGACCUAAGCAGGUUCAGGUUAACAGGCCCACUUUCUAAUUCAGUUCUUCAUGAUGCUCUUCAAACCAUAAAUAUUGAUCAAACAGCUUUAUCAGAAUCAUAUUUAAGAGACUAUAUUAAACUGUUCAAAAACAAGGACGUUGUUAAAGAGCAGUCUGAAUAUUGGAACCAAAUUAAAAAUGUAACAUCCACAGCAGAUUUAUCCCCACAUUCAGUUUGUUCAGUAGUUGUUAAUGAUCCCAGGUUCUAUCUACCAAAAAAGCGAGUAAAGAGUGUCCCAGAUAUCCACAACUAUGGAACUAUUGCACUGCCUGAUACUGCUGCACAUAGUCCACUUUGGUAUAAAGAUUUUAGAAAACAAGCUAAUAAUAUUGGUAUGCGGGAUUCAGAGAUAGCUGAGCUACGAAGUAAAUUAUUAGUACCCGGUUCAAACUUGACUGAAAAUACUGUUCUGGUUCCAGUAAUCCUUAUUCAGCAACCUGGAAAUAAAAGAGAAAAUAUAGGCUUAGGGGGUGGCUGGGAUAUCAUCCUUCCAAAUGCUUGGGCUAAACCAUUUUGGAUUGCUUUUGUUAUGAGAGGAGCCAGAGCUGGAGGUUUGCGGGAAUCAAGUUCCAUACUGUUUGAAAUGGGAAAAUCACAAUUUUUAGAACCAGAUACAGAUGCAGGAAUAAAUGAGGAACUUCUAUCAUCAAAAGAAAAUGUAGAUAUAUUUUUCCGUAAGCCACCUAAUAAAAGAAUUAAUUAUAACAAAUUUAAAAUAGCCAGCCCUUUUACUUGUAACUGGAAUUUAUUAUUAAAAGAGUGGGGUCAUUUUGCAUCUAGUGGUGAAAUUACAAUACUUCGGAACAAGAAGAUUUUAAAUUCCAUUGAGGUUUUUCUGAACUCAGGUAUCCAGGAGCUGCCAGAUUAUCCAAAAAAUUGUCUUAUACCAGUAAAACUGAUCUGUGAAGCAAGAGGAUGUCCUCAAAAAUUUGCCAUCAUUUGUUUGCCACAGAAUGAAAAAGAUUUAAAGAAAGUCGUCACUGAACCAAACAGUGAGGACAAAUUUCAAGCAGAAAGAAAAGAACUAAGAAGAGCACAUCAAAGCUUGCUGAAAAAAUUUAGAAAGCAGCGCAAAGCAAAAUCUAGUAAUUUUGAUUUACAAGCAUACAAAGAAAUGUUAAUUAAUUAUAGUAAAAAGAUAAGGGCUUUAUGGUUACCUGAACCUAGAACUAUAAGAUACUCAUGUUCAAGAGAAGUGGUAGGUUUUGUUCAUAAAGGAGGUUUUAGUUUUUCUCUUGGGAAGAGUUCUGCUACUGGAUACAUUGUUAGUGAUGCGUUGCUGGCGGUUAGACAAUUCAAAAACAGAAUCUUAUUGAGAAAUACAAAUUCAAGGCAAUAUAAAGUUGCAAACUUAACUGUGAUUUUAGAGUAACUGGAGAAUAAAUGAUUCUUACAUUUUUUCGUUUGCUAAAA